AUGCUUAUUCAACUACGGCACUGUCGGACAACCGACCGGAUUCAAGCCCUAGCCCCUCAACUCGGACGGACUUGUGGAAAUCCUCGAAAACAAGUAUUGCUCAACUCACCUAUCUAUAACAUAGAAAUGUUGCAUCCAACCCUGGAACGAGAGGUAAAGAAUAGGCUACCAUACGAGAUGAGACGACUUCAUUCUUGGCUUUCAUCCCUACGCUUAAGAAAGAUAAGGGAUUGGAUUUCAUACCUUUUAUUUAGAGCUCCGUCGUUCCGACUGGAAAAUGUAACCUUCCACCAUACGUAA